AUGUCUAAACGACUUGAUGUUCUUAUUUUUGGUGCGACUGGUUAUACUGGUCAAUAUGUUAUCGAAGAAAUGGCAAGAAAAGCAAACCAGUUUGGUAUUAAAUGGGGUAUAGCUGGACGAACAGCUAAUAAAUUAAAACAAGUUCUUCAAGAAGCUUCAAAUGUUACAGGUAUUGAAAAUUUAACUUCAAAUGUUGAUACAAUUGUUGCAAACAUUACGAAUAAACAAUCAUUAAUUGAUAUGUGUGCUCGCACAAAAGUUUUGGUUAAUUGUGUUGGACCUUAUCGUCAUUAUGGUGAACCUGUGGUAGAAGCUUGUCUUCAAGCACGUACACAUUAUAUUGAUAUAUGCGGUGAACCACAAUUCCUUGAAACAAUACAACUUAGAUAUGAUAGUCAAGCUCAAGAACGUGAAAUAGCUAUUGUUGGUAGUUGUGGAUUUGAUUCACUUAUUGCUGAUCUUGGUACUGAAACAAUUCGAAAAGAAUGUGAACAAAAAGAUCUUGAAAUUGCAUUAAUUGAAAGUUAUCUAGCAAUAGACGCUCCAAAAGCAACAGUACAUAAAAGAGAAAUUGUUAAUUAUGCAACAUGGGAAGCAGCUGUUUAUGGCUUACAUCAUGCAAAAGAAUUAAAAUCUCUUCGACAAAAAUUAUUUGAACAAAAAUUACCAUAUUCAAAAUAUAAAAUUGAGAAAAAGUCAAAUUUUAAAACAACAAUUCAUGGUAAAUCAUUUUGGGUUGUACCAUUUCCUGGUAGUGAUAAAUCAGUUGUACAACGUACACAGUAUUUUAAUUAUACAAAAUUACAUAAAAAACCCAUUCGUUUCCAACCUUAUUUUCAAAUGCCCUCAUUUAUUUCAGUUGUUAAACUUGUUUUCUAUGGUUUUAUUUUUUCGUUAUUUACUAAAUUUAAACUUGGUAUGCAAUGUUUACUUAAAUUUCCACGUUUAUUUUCUGCUGGAUUAGUUACAAAAGAAGGACCAGCACGAGCAGACUGUAAACACACUUCAUUUAAAAUGACAUUUGUAACUUAUACAGAAAAUAAUCAAACAUUAAUUCAUGAAAUGAUGGGACCUGAUCCAGGAUAUACUGGAACAUCAGAAUUGUCAAUUGCUUGUGCAAUUAUGUUACUUAAAGAAAAUGAUCGUUUACCAGCCAAAGGUGGUGUUUUUACACCGGCAGCAGCAUUUGGACGUACCAAUCUUAUGAAUUAUUUGGAAAAGGAAGGAUUUUCAUUGACUCAAAAGUAG